GAAGAAGAAGCAGAGGAAGAGGAGGCAUAAUGCUCCUUUUUACAAAAACAUGGAACAUUUCUCCACAGAUCUGCCACCUUGCAGGUUCAAAGCUUCACCUGGGGACAGCGAAGAGAACUGCGGGGACAUACUUUCAUCAGCUCCACAUGCUCUCUGUCCUGCAAAAGGCUCGAGGUUGGACAUCACACCACCUGCAUCCCAGUGUCCUUCAGCCUGUUGGGGAGCAUGGCUGGAGAAGAUUUGAUGAUGGGUUAAUCAGAAAUCUUUCUCUAACAUCAAGAAGAAAGAAGAAACUGACGCAUGUGCAUAUAAGAGAGCUGUCAGAAGCAGCCUAUGAGAAGCUGGCAGAUGAGACCCUGGAUGCUCUAUCUGAUUACUUUGAAGAUCUGGCAGACGAAGCUUUCACUGGCACAGAAUAUGAUGUCGUAUUUUCUAGUGGUGUGUUGACAGUAAAGUUGGGUGGAGGCCAUGGAACCUAUGUAAUCAACAAACAGACACCGAACAGACAGAUCUGGCUUUCUUCUCCUACCAGUGGACCGAAACGCUACGACUGGACAGGAGAACGCUGGGUGUACAUUCAUGAUGGAAUUAGUCUCCACCAACUGCUUUCUAAAGAGUUUUCUGUUCUCUUCAAUAAAAACAUCCAUUUGUGUCAUUUGCCAUAUUCCUGAAGCAGCGAACCUGAAAAUGAUGGACUGAGUGCAGUAUGCUAACCAGAAUGUUUCUAUGGAAACCAAAAGACCUGUAUUGUCUGUUCCUCCCUCCCUUCUGAAGUUCACUACAGUCCAAACAGAAGGUCCCACAGAUUCUCUCAUUCCUGGUGUGGGGUCGAUAUGCCUCCAUAUUCCUACCAAAGCCUUCUGUAUUCUGCUGUAAUGUGUUGUUAUGCCUGACUGUACUUGAGUUUUAUUCUGUGUUCACUAUUCUUCCCUGUAUUUCCUUCCUGUAGAAAAUACAACAAUAAGGAAAGAUUAUUUAUCUUUUCCAAUCUGUUACUGUUUUAAACCCAUAUAGUUGAGCUUUUAUUUUGAAAAUGUGCAUUUCUUCAUUUUAUGUUAUGUUCCCAGAGUCCCAAUUUGUUUCAUAGCUUCCCUGUUAUACUUUAACUCAGUCUAACCAAGAUUAAGAAAAUGUUAUUAAAAUGAAUGAGGAAUGACACAUAAAUACAAUUUAUUUCAAUAAGUAUUAAAAACAUUGGAAGUGUU